AUGUCUCUUGCACAGAAGCAGAAGUCUGAUCCAGAUAUCGACUUUAAUGCGGUGCAAUCAGAGAAUCGGGAUGCUAGCGCGACGCGUUCACCAGGAAUUCCUGAUCCUGAUGCGGCGUUGACUCCGGCUGACACGGGCAAGCUAUUCGUCAAAGAUGAUGGAACUAGUUAUAUUGACGGUGCGAAUUGGCGCGCUAUUCUAGAAGAGAUUAAUGAUAUGAAAGAAUAUUUAGACGAGGAUGGAGAAGAUUCCGACAAUGAAGGCGUCGAUAUUGACCCGUAUGAUGACUCGUCGCCAGUUUUGCUGCUUGGUCAUGGUCGUCCAGUGAGCAAAGAGGAGAUGCUUAUGGACAUUCCUCCACGGCCGAUAGCUGAUCGCCUCGUCUCUCGAUUCCUCAAGACGUCUGAACCGGCACGAGUGACAAUCCAUGUUCCCACGUUUCAGAAAGAGUACGAGGAGUUCUGGCUGCGCCCGGCUGAUAAAUCAUUUACUUGGAUUUCUCUCUUGUACUCGAUUAUGGCUUUGUCUAUUUCUCUAUAUCAUCGAAGCUCAGAGCCGUUGCAUUCUAGCAUGGCGGCCCCUAAUACAACAUGGGCCAUAUUCCGGAAAAGGGCCUCGCAGUGUCUUAUCCAAGCGAACUACAUUACCCCAGGGCGAUACAAGGGAGAAGCAUUAUUCCUUUACUCAAUCACUGAAUUCUACCGGAAUCAGGAUACGCAUAUUGGAAUGUCCUAUUUGCUCGGGAUGACAAUUCGCCUGACGAUGCGUAUGGGUUAUCAUCGUGAUCCACGUCAUUACCCAAUGCUAUCUGCCUUGGAUGGGGAAAUGCGCCGGCGUCUCUGGGCCUUGCUUGUUCAGCUCGACACUUUGACCUCCUUCCAAGCCGGUGUCCCUCGAACAAUCCAGCCUUGGCAAUAUGACACAGAGUUACCCUCGAACUUGUUGGACACCGACUUCGACGAGAUUUCCGUUCAAUUGCCACCCGGCAGGCCAAUGAGUGAAGGAACAGAUUGCUCGUACACAAGGUCCAAAUCUCGCAUUAUGAGUGUCUUUGGUCAUAUAACAGACCUAGCAUUCUCUCGAGAGCACGCAUCCUACGAUGAGACCUUGGAAAUUGACCGUCGUUUGGAGACCGCGCAUGAUAUGGUACCCUCUUCCUUGAAAAUUCGACCGAUGACGCAGUGUAUCGCAGACCCAGCAGAGAUGACCAUGCGGCGCUUCGCUUUGGAGUUCCUGUAUCAAACAGCCCGUCUUGUCCUACAUCGUCGAUAUAUCGCUGAGACCAAUCCCAAAUUUGCUUACUCGCGAUCAGUCUGCCUGACCGGAGCUCGGGAUGCGCUUCGAUACUACACAGAGGUCUGGGCCGAGUUCAUGCCCGGUGGUCAGUUGCACGCAGAGCGAUACUUCCUCAACUCCCUCCAAAAUUCAUUUUUGCUCUCAGCAAUGAUUCUCUGCCUUGAGCUGUCCCAGGAUGCAGAUCGUGGUGAUGCUGCACGUCUUAAACCCCAAGAACGAGCAGACUUCUUGCUUCUUCUGGAGAGUACCCAUCGCAUAUUCAUGGACUCCCGUUAUCGGUCUGUAGAUACUCAGCGAGCAGUAAAUGCUUUGAAUAUCAUGCUCAAACGGGUGAAGAAAGGCGGCUUUCAAUAUUCCACUUCGACUGCUAGGCAAUCAAUGGCGCCGAUGAAUGAUGAUAUCUCAACUAAAUCCACCGAUGCAGCAGCAGCAUUUGGUCAAAAAUACUCAACAUACAUACCCAACAUUGGUGGCUUGCAGCCCACAAUACCCAGCCCCGACCAGACGUCACCAUACAACUCCCUGGGGGUCAUUGAAGACAUGCUUGAUAUACCCGCUCAAUUCGACUGGAAUCUGUACGACAGUCACAUCUCAGGAGGCCAAAUGGCCACCGAUAACAACACCUGGUUCUCCGAUGCUUCAGCGACUGCGGCAUACGAUUUUGGUGCGUAUCCUCCUGGUAUAUCACCGAUGGAUCAUCAGAGCGACCAACAGUGA